GGACGCGCCAGUCGCUGUGGUGGCUGCCGGAGCGCCGCAGUUUUCGCGCGGGGCGGGUGUUGUCGUUGUCGCGUCGCAACUUUCGCGCGACCAAGAGAGAGAAGUUGGAGUUACCGCGGGGGGAAGCUUGUCGUGUACGGAGGACCGCGCGAAAAUGCCGCCGAAGAAGCGGGAAAAGGAUCUCGAUGGGCAGAAGGGACCUCGUAUGGACCAGAUCCAGGCCGACCACGAGCUCUUUCUACAGGCCUUCGAAAAACCAACACAGAUUUACCGGUUCCUUCGCACAAGAAAUCAAAUUUCACCAAUAUUUCUAUAUCGAAACUUAACGUAUAUGCGGCAACGUAUGUCCAGAAGUCACAAGUCACGGCGAGGAUUUAAGGUCGAUAUGAUUCUGGACAAAUUAAUAGCGAAAAAGAAGCAUGAACAGAAUCUCGGUGUUCGCGGAUACAUGACUCUUACGUUUUUAGGAUUUUAUGACAAAAGAGCUGAAGUAUCACAGGAUCCUGUCAAAGUGGAAACAUUGUUGUUGAAAAUUUGCCACAAGAAAAGAAAAGACGUUAGCUCACCUGUCAUGCAAGUUUCAGUUGGUACAAGCGAGGUCCCAAUCAAUCCUUCCGAGAGUCAACCUCCACCGAAGGCAUCCACGAUUUCCAUACCCAAUGAAUCUUUCUGCUUAAAUAAUGGUCACAUAGCAAAGACUUAUAUGCUUUUGCUCAGGGUUUACUGCAUGUCUAACAAUGGCUGCCUUAUAACUAACUGUGAUUUAGAAGAACCAGCUCAAAAGCGUCGUAAAUCGUCAACGGGUAUGAUAAAGAUCAAUGGCGAAGAAGUGAAACAAUAUGGUUCGGAACUUACUGUGUAUGAUAAGCACAAUCGAUGCCUGCUGACGGACGGCGAGUAUGAGUUAGGUUUGCAGGAAGUACAGACCAAUGUUAGGUCCAGUCCUAAGAAACACAGCUCUUGGGAAACUGUGGCCGACAUCAAAGACUGCGAACCGUUCGAUAUGUUCAGGCAAGGACCGACGUUAAAGUUUCGGCUCAGUUGGACGACGGAACCGAGCAACGGUCUGGUGGAUAGACCGAUGCCGAUACCUCAAAUACCGAGCGGUGACAAUAAAGAGAAUCGGUCGGCCAACGCUGGUUUUGAACGUUCCUCUUCCGUAAAUCACAAUAAUAAUAGCACAAAUAAUAAUAAUAAUAAUAACGCGACACUGCCAACGCCUAGUCCGCUAACGCCCUCGUCGAGAAUGAGCAUCUCCAACGAGAAGGUGGACACUAAUACUAACGGAACUCAGCAGAUAGUCUAUCAAUUUUUGUACAACAAUAACAGCCGGCAGCAAACGGAGGCCUGCGAAGACCUACACUGCCCCUGGUGCUCGUUGGAUUGCGGCAAACUGUACUCGCUUCUAAAGCACUUGAAAUUGUGUCAUUCACGAUUCACAUUCACAUACGUGCCAAUUCCACAAGGUGCCCGAAUUGAUGUAGCAAUAAACGAAUGCUAUGAUGGACCAACCAGACGUACGAGCGUGACGAAUAUCCUGGUGUGCCGUCCGAAGAGAACGAAACCAAGUCUGUCCGAGUUUCUGGAACUUGACGAGAAUGAGUUUGAAAGUCAGAGGCCUUAUAUCACCGGCCACAAUAGACUGUAUCAUCAUACUGUGACCUGCCUGCCUAUAUAUCCUAAAGAGAUGGAUAUCGAUUCCGAGGGUGAGAAUGACCCUAAGUGGUUGCAAACAAAGACAAUGAUGAUGAUUGAUGACUUUACGGAUGUGAACGAGGGCGAGAAAGAGUUAAUGAAGAUGUGGAACCUGCAUGUGAUGAAGCAUGGAUAUGUGGGAGACUGCCAGAUACCACUAGCUUGCCAAAUGUUCUUAGAGAAUAAGGGGAAGGAGUUGCUCAUGAAAAACCUCUAUCGCAACUUCGUAUUGCAUAUGUGCAGUCUGUUUGAUUUUGGGCUAAUUAGUCCGGUGAUAUUAUAUCAGACCAUACAGAAGUUGCAAGAAAUCAUGAAGGAGGGCGGCGAAGACGGGGACGUACGUAAGGUGCUGCAAAAAUCACACGAGGCUCAAGUGGAGCAUUGGAAGGCUACGAGUGCACAUACGCAAUUGGUGCAUGACGGGUCCAAAGCCGCCGGUAUUACGAGUGGAGUUAAGCUCAACUUCGGCAAUGACGGUUCCUCGAGUACUUCGUCGAACGCCAGGCGAAAAACGACAACCGCCUCCAUGCCGUUGGGCUCACCCAACUCGCAAAAUGUCAAGAACACAAUGCAUAAUAAUAUGCACAAUGUCAGUACAAUUCCGUUGUCGGUGCGUGCAUCCCUUCAUUCUCUGGGAGUCCAAUUCUCUCCGACGCGGAGCAUCGUAAGUAAGAUUGUGCCCAACGGUGUGUCCAAUUAGAAAGUACAAGCACGCCAU